ACUACAUCGCAGUUAAGUCCGGGAACGGGAACCAUCACUGAAGAGCAUAUUAGGGCUUCACUUAUCAGUGCCAUCGAAGACAAAGUGAAACUAAGGGUCAAAGAAAAAGUGUCUCAAUUUCAGGCGGAAAUGGAUGUCUUAAAGAAAACGAGCGAAGAUCUAAAUAAAGGGAAACAAAAAUUAGAGGAUAUUAUGAGACGAAUGGAGGACGAGAUGAUUGAAAUAAAUGACUCGAAACAAGAAUUGAAUACAAAAAACGCUCAGUUGUCUGAAGUGAUCAGCAAAUGUGAUGACAAAGAGAAGAGUGUAGACAUCGAUGAGGUGUUUGGACCGACACAACCCCUCUAUAAGCAACUGUUGAACUCAUUCGCUGAGGAGAAUGCGAUCGUCGAUGCGAUCUAUUACUUGAGCGAAGCCUUACGUAAAGGAGUUAUAGAUUUAGAACUCUUCCUAAAGCACGUGAGAGAACUGUCUCGAAGACAAUUCAUGUUAAGAGCACUGAUGAGAGUGUGCAGAGAAAAGGCCGGACUCCCGGUCUAAGUCUUGGACUCAACUUUUUGUUUCUCAUAAAACUAUGUUUUUGAUUAUAAAGUAUUUUCCAAUUAACUGUUUUGCAUUAUACUAUAUAUUGCAUGUACAUUUAAAUUUAUUAAAUUUUAAAAAUCAACAUCUAUUAAAUGCAAAUUAUCGUAUAACUUAUACAGUAAAUUAAAUUUUUUUCCAGUUUUUUGUUUAGUAUUUACAGACACUGUAAGUAAUGCAGUAUUCGGCAUAUAAUAAAUUAAUUUUCAGAUAUUUUACACAAUUUUAUCUAAUAAAGAG